AGACAGAAAGACAGAGAGAGAGAGAGAGAGAGAGAGAGAGAUGGAGACAAAGAGGUAAAGAGGCUGUGUGCGUGAGUACAUUGUGGGAGUAGGGAGGUGUGUGUGUGGAAAACGGGGGAGAUGGUGAGCACUAGAAUAGGAGGAGGAGGAGGAGGAGGAGGGGUGUAGUGCUGCAGUGGAGAGAAGUGAGAGGAGACUGCAGUCUCUGCUUAUGGGAGCGAUCAGACUAUGUUGCCACAGCUCUGAGGGACUGAAGCCCGUACAGUUAUUGAUAUUGGAUGGGCCUCCUCGCAAAGAGGAAUACCACAUCUGACCGGGACGCUGCACCUAGUCUUUGACAAUGAAGUUCAACUUGUUCAGAACACCACAGGCUGUGAAGGCGGCCGAGCCCACAGGUGCCACCACCGCGACCAUGGCUCCCACUGUCCCCCCAGCUUUCAUCUCAACAUCUGCCCCGGACAUCUCUGGGUCCAACAACACAGAGAUCAAUAAGAAUGACAUGUUUGAGGAGAUCAAGAGCAAAUUCUUGAAUGAAAUUGAUAAAAUCCCAUUGCCUCCCUGGGCUCUGAUUGCCAUUGCUGUAGUGGCUGCACUGCUCAUCCUUACGUGCUGCUUCUGCAUAAUCAAAAAAUGCUGCUGCAAGAAGAAGAAGAAUAAGAAAGGGAAGAAGGGCAAGGAUGGCUUUAACAUGAAGAACAUGCAGGGUGGUGAGAAACUCCAGGAUGAGGAGGACGAUGACGAGGGAGAGACCGGACUGACGGAGGAAGAAAAAGAGGAAGAGGAGAAAGAAGAAGAGAAACUGGGGAAGCUGCAAUACUCUAUUGAUUAUGACUUUGAGAAUACAAAGCUCACAGUUGGCAUCCUUCAAGCCGCCGACCUCAUGUCCAUGGACUCAGGUGGAACCUCAGACCCUUACGUUAAAGUCCAGCUCCUACCUGAGAAGAAGAAGAAGUAUGACACCAAAGUCCACAAGAAAACACUGAACCCUGUCUUCAAUGAGUCAUUCGUAUUCAAGGUGCCCUAUGAGGAGCUGGGUGGGAAGACUUUGAGCAUGUCUGUUUUUGACUACGAUCGAUUCUCCAAACAUGACGUCAUUGGAGAGGUGAAGAUUGCCAUGAACACCAUCGACCUCGCACGACCAAUCGAGGAGUGGCGGGAUCUGGAGAGCGCAGAUCAAGAAGAGCCUGAGAAACUCGGAGACAUCUGCAUCUCCCUCCGUUACGUCCCCACUGCCGGGAAACUCACCGUCUGCAUCCUGGAAGCAAAGAACCUGAAGAAGAUGGAUGCCUGCGGAUUAUCUGAUCCUUAUGUUAAGAUCCAGCUCCUGCAGGGGGGUAAACGCCUGAAGAAAAAGAAGACUACAGUGAAGAAGAACACCUUGAACCCUUAUUAUAAUGAAUCUUUCAGCUUUGAAAUCCCCCUGGAACAGAUGCAGAAAAUCUUGGUGGCAGUCACGGUGUUUGAUUACGAUAAGAUCGGUAAGAAUGACGCCAUCGGGAAGAUCUUUGUGGGCAGUAAGGCGUCCGGCCUCGGCCUGAAGCACUGGUCCGACAUGUUGGCUAAUCCCCGCCGUCCCAUUGCCCAGUGGCAUCCGUUGCAGCCAGAGGAGGAUAUCGAUGGUCAGCUGGCGUCCUUGAAUGCAAAGAAGUAACAUGCUCCACCAACCAGCUAAUGCACUAACUCUGAAACCCAAACCCAAACCCUGCCCCUACUUUGCAUGAAAACCCAUGACUUACCAAAUGACAAGUCGUCAUGAAACCUGCUCAGCAAAAAAGAGACAUCUUAGAAAUCCCAAUCAUUCAUGGUUAAGUCAAAAAGAAACUAUUUUAAACAUCACAUUUCACACAUUACUGUAUGUUGGGAGGAGUGGCAUCGAGUUAUCGGGCGAUUGCUUCAUGAAUGAUCGACUUUUAGUCUUUCUUUCAUUUGACGAAACUCAGAAACUGAUUUUAAGGGUGCUGAAACUGAAUGAGAGUCCAGGUGAAGACAAUGCUGGAGAUGAAGCUUUAGUUUAGUUUAGUUUAUAGAGCAUGCGUUACUUACCUCCCCACUGCUCUGCAUACUCCAUUCCCAGUAUUGUAGCUUGCUUUUAAGUGUGCUAUAACUUGCAAUAGAAAGUACCGUAGUGUUGGGUUACUUCCUGCAUAGAGUCUGUUUAAGUCUAUUAAUGCAAAAAAGAUGAAACUGAGAGUGAAUGAGAUAAAAGUCACUAAAUGCUGCAAUCCAUGUUGCAAUUUAUUUGAAAGAAAAAAAUCUGUUUUAAUGAUCAUCCUCAUUUUAUAAGCAAACUAACUCAGAAGGAGAAACAUUCAGAAAACCACUUGGCAGGGAUGACAGAGUUGUUUUAUUUAAGUUGCCUGUUUUCAUCUAUGCAUUUAGGAACAAAAUGCAUUCAUGUGUCUUCAAACGAAUCUGAUGUAAGACAGGAGAACAAGGGUGCCUUUCCUGAUAUGACUCUUUGAGAAAUACACUAAGCUUCAUUGUUGUGUUUUGAAAGGGGAACUUGCUGAGUUGAAAUCAUUCAAAAGUAGUCAGGGACACUGCGAAUGUGCCAUUUGAGAUCUGUAUUGAGCUGUGUGACCACUUGGAUGUAAAACCUUACCUGUCAGAGGACAAAGUAAGGCUACCUAGGAAGGCUAACCAAUGAUGUUCAGACCCACGAUGACUAUGCUUCUUUUAAAUCCUGCUGUUGCUUCCUGAAUACAGUGCCAUCUGAUGCAUUUUGAUUUCGAUACCCAUGAAAUGGAUUGUCUGUCUCUUGUUUUCCAAUGAGGUCGUUUACAGAACACGCUGCAGUGCACUUCAACGCUUGUGAAAUAGAUUCAGGAUAUCUGUCAAAAAGAAAAUGUUUUUAUAGAGAAAUUCAAUCUGAAUUGUAAGUUGUAGCCGGCACUUUUUAAGAGGACGGGAAUUCAAGUAAACAAUUGCAUAUUUGUAAAGGCAAAUGCUACAUCGAACAUAUUAUACGAUAAACAUAUCUUGGACCAUUUGCUUGAACCAAAUACAGCUGCAGAAUCUAGCAAUUAUCAUGCCUCACAGAAUUUCAUGUGGUUUGACUCGUUCAGUCGUCAGCCACAAGCUUUGUAAAGCAGGAGCCAAACAUGAUGGUGUUCAAACAUCAUCUCAGACAUACUGCGCUCGGUUGGAAUGUAGAUGGACGGAGGCAGAUGAUGGCAAAAUUAUUUUAACAUUAAAAGUAACUCAAGACCUCAUUCUGAAGUUUAAUUCAAGUGAAACACUUGAACUUGAAACAUAAUAUUAAUUUUUCUAGAGCAACCCUGAAUUCAGUAUACAGCUCUUGAGUCAUAUACAGAGAUUUAGAUGAGAAUUCUACUUGAAAGUUGAGGUUGUAGGAUAACCUGUUCAAGCUGCAACCCUCAGAGUUAUUUUAUUGAGUCCCGAUCAUUCUUACCCAAGGAGGACUUUGCUGUAGUCGUUGGGAAUGUGGAAAUUAUAAUGGAGGAGCUCAGCUAAAUAUACAAAAAGAAAAAUUGGAACAUAGAGACUUUGAUUUGAUAAAAAGAAUGAAUAAAGCCUCAAAUUCUCAUCUAGGAGUGAAACAAAAUGUAUUGAAUAUUCUAAUUUUAACAAAGGGUAAAAAAUGUGUUGAAUAUUAGGUGUCUACCACUCAUAGCAAUGUGCCCUGCAGAAUAAAAGAGAUCAGAAUCAGCAGUUAAAUACAAAAAAAGCAUUAUAACAGAAGAAAAAAUAGAAAGUAUAGUGCACAAAACAUUCAGUUUAAUCAGUUAAAAACUAAUUAAAAUAAUUUUGCUAACUUUGAAGUAAUCAAAUUGGUUUAAUUAAGUCAUAUAAUUUAGUUAUUUUUUAUUUAACCAGGAAGAAAAACUCAUUGAGUUAAAAAAAAAAAAAAUCUAUUUUUUUCAAGAGUGUCCUGGUCAAGACAAGCAGCAGCACAGUUAACAGAGUUUCUGACAAACAACAAGCAGCCUUAUAUACGAGCUAUAUAUAGUAAAGAUACAUAAUUACUACACUUUAAAAGACAAAAAAUAACAAAUUCAAACGUCAAAUAUUUGUUAAGAUCACCACAACCAUUAAUAUGAAGUAUGACGCUCUAAAAGAGAAGUUUAGAUGAUAGACAUUAGACUAUCGAGGCUCGAUUUUCCCUCCUGAUUUUAUUUUACAUGAUAGUGGAACUCAAAAAUGAGAAUCCAAAAAAGGUGAUUUUUAAUGUUUAAUAUAAAAUUCUUUCAUUUUUGUGGUAUCUUCAUUUCUAUGGUCCAAAUUGUGAUUAAAUAUCAGGAUGAGAUUUUACAGUUGCAGAUAAAAAUUCAAAAAUGAAAAAGCCGUUUUUUGCUUCCGCAGGACGCCAUAAAGUCAUCUCAAUUAAUAAUUACAAUGUAAGAGGAUGAACAGCCGCACACUGAUUGGUCCAUUCACAGUACUACUUCUUCCUGUUGUUAACAUUCUGCAUCGCGCAACCUUUGUGAAUAAGCUACAGCAUGUCUUUAAAAGAUAAUGUAAAUAGAAGCAUGUUUUAAAGAGAAACCAUGAUUAUAUUGUGUAUGUGUGUUUGUGUUCUGUGUCCUUUUUUUAUAAUAAAACAGUAAAAAAAAAAAAAAAAAAAA